GACGGCGACGCGGCUCGGAUCCCGGCGGGUCCGCCCUGCGGGGCACCUUCCUCCGAGGAGCCUAGGGCGCCGGGACGCGGGGCUGCACGCCCUCCUGCUGGGGCUGCGCGCGGGGGGCGAGCGGCGGCCGCGAUGUUCAGCUGGCUGCGUUCCGACGACCGCCGGAGUAAGGACCCCGAGGUCUUCCAAACGGUGAGCGAGGGGCUCAAGAAACUCUACAAGAGCAAGCUGCUGCCCCUGGAAGAACAUUACCGUUUCCACGAGUUUCACUCGCCCGCCCUGGAGGAUGCCGAUUUCGACAACAAGCCCAUGGUCCUGGUGGUGGGCCAGUACUCCACUGGGAAGACCACCUUCAUCAGGUACCUGCUGGAACAGGAUUUCCCAGGCAUGAGGAUUGGGCCUGAGCCAACCACGGACUCCUUCAUUGCAGUGAUGCAUGGGGAGGUGGAGGGGAUCAUCCCCGGGAACGCCCUGGUGGUGGAUCCUAAGAAGCCCUUCAGGAAACUGAAUGCCUUUGGCAAUGCCUUCUUGAACAGGUUCGUGUGUGCCCAGCUGCCCAACCCCGUGCUGGAGAGCAUCAGCGUCAUCGACACGCCGGGGAUCCUCUCUGGGGAGAAGCAGAGGAUCAGCCGAGGGUACGACUUUGCGGCCGUCCUCGAGUGGUUCGCCGAGCGGGUCGACCGCAUCAUCCUGCUCUUCGACGCCCACAAGCUGGACAUCUCUGACGAGUUCUCGGAGGUCAUCAAGGCCCUCAAGAACCACGAGGACAAGAUGCGGGUGGUGCUGAACAAGGCCGACCAGAUCGAGACGCAGCAGCUGAUGCGCGUCUACGGGGCCCUCAUGUGGUCCCUGGGGAAGAUCGUGAACACCCCGGAGGUGAUUCGGGUCUACAUCGGCUCCUUCUGGUCCCAGCCCCUUCUCAUCCCUGACAACCGGAAGCUCUUUGAGGCUGAGGAGCAGGACCUGUUCAGAGACAUCCAGAGUCUGCCCCGAAACGCUGCCCUGCGCAAGCUCAACGAUCUCAUCAAGAGAGCUAGGCUGGCCAAGGUUCAUGCCUACAUCAUCAGCUCUCUGAAGAAGGAGAUGCCCUCAGUGUUCGGAAAGGAUACCAAGAAGAAGGAGCUGGUGAACAACCUGGCCGAGAUUUAUGGCCAGAUCGAGCGGGAGCACCAGAUCUCACCUGGGGACUUUCCCAACCUGAAGAGGAUGAAGGACCAGCUGCAGGCCCAGGACUUUACCAAAUUCCAGCCGCUGAAAAGCAAGCUGCUGGAGGUAGUGGACGACAUGCUGGCCCACGAUAUUGCCCAGCUCAUGGUGCUGGUGCGCCAGGAGGAGACGCAGCGGCCCGCCCAGAUGGUGAAGGGCGGAGCGUUCGAGGGCAGCCUGCAUGGCCCCUUUGGGCACGGCUAUGGGGAGGGGGCUGGGGAGGGCAUCGAUGAUGUCGAGUGGGUGGUGGCCAGGGACAAGCCCAUGUAUGAUGAAAUCUUCUACACCCUGUCACCGGUGGACGGCAAGAUCACAGGCGCCAAUGCCAAGAAGGAGAUGGUGCGCUCCAAGCUGCCCAACAGCGUGCUGGGCAAGAUCUGGAAGCUCGCUGACAUCGACAAGGAUGGCAUGCUGGAUGACGAGGAGUUCGCACUGGCCAACCACCUCAUCAAGAUCAAGCUGGAGGGGCAUGAGCUGCCCAAUGAGCUGCCCGCCCACCUCCUGCCCCCGUCCAAAAGGAAAGUCACCGAGUGACCAGGGGUUGGGGGAGGUUCAGAGCAGGCAGGUGUUAGAGGAGAUAGAGGAGGCGAUGGGACACACACAUACACACACACGCACACACACACACUUGCAGAUCUUGAGAACUGCACUGCAGAUGAGAGAGAACAGUGAUCCCCAGGUUUCCAGGCUGAUCUUUGUUUGGACACGUCUCCAGGUUCUCGGCAUGGGUAGAAGCACAGAAGCAUUCCCAGGGUCCCAGGUUUCAAGCCUAGGUCUCCAUCCCUCUUUCCCUCCACUACCUCCCUCCACUACCCAGAGACCUGCCUUCUCCAGUGAAGGCAGUUCACUCGCCCACGGAUGGCCCACCCACCUCCACAUUCCCUGGACCUGGAGCAGAUGGAAAAGGCUUUUCACUUAAUAGGCAAUUCACUUUGUUUUCUGUGCUUGCUCCCCCUCUUUGGCUUCCUAAUAUGAAAUCUGCUCCAGGGCCAGGAGAUGAGAGGGAAGGGGGGCUGCUGCAGGGAGGGGAGGGGAGGGGGGAAACAUCCUUGGGUAACCAGGUCCCAGCCUUGAAGAGCAUGGCCCUGAGCUAUUUUUUCCCAGACUUAGCCUCUGCUGCCUUGGCAAACCUGGCUUUGAACCCUGCUGGCACUUCAUUUGAAAGAAUCCCAGUGAGGGAAGAGACGAGAAAAAAUUGGCAGGAAAGAAACCAAAGAAACUGUCCUGUAAUCCUCUACUCCAAGCCAGGCAAGGUGGCUUUAUUCCACAGAUUGUGUGAGGUUCGUGUUCUUUCCACCUGGCCUCUGAUGUCUGGCGGCUCGUACUCAACUUACAUCUAUCCAGCCCCUCCUGCGUGCCAGGGGCCGUGUUAGGCACUUUAUGUACAUUAUCCACGUGGCCCUCACCACUCCCUAGGGAAGUAUGCCUUAGUCCUCCCAUUUUGCAGAUAAGGAGCCUGAGUCUCAGAGUUUAAGUGACCUUCCCAGCAUCACAGAGGUCACAUGUGAUGGAGAGAGGAUUCAGAGCCAGGGGCUCAGACUCUUCCUCUGCUGUGCUGAUGUGUGCAGGAUCCCUGCACUGCUAGCCAAUGAUGAAUCACGGAGAAAAAACCAAGCACGGAGGCCCCUCACAGCCUCCCAGAGCAGGCUGGUGAGGGAGAAGGGCCAGCCAGCAUUUGGUGGGCCAUCAGUCUGGCCAUCUGUCACACCACAGAAGCAAACUGUGCCUUCUGCCUAUGUUCCCCACGUUCCUAAAAUUGCAGAAGUCCAACAGCGCCAGCGGGAGAGUGGGCCAGCCUGCCGGAUGCUGUUCGGAUGCCUGUCCCUGCUCCGCCUCCCACCCAAUAGCCUGAAUCAUCCCAACUCAAAUGCAGACUCUUAUCAAGUGGGACCUCGUGCUGAUUCUCAGAAGGCCAACUUGAGAGGUCUGAGGUCUUGUUCCCGGCAGGACCCCCAGCGACUCUGCGGUGUCUUUGACAAAUCCCCACCAUUCCCAGUGCCCCACUCCCUCCUUUGUGGUCUCACCCUUGCUUCAUGGCCACUGAAUCAGUCACUUUGUAUGCUAUGCUCCUAACUGUGGUGGAAAACAAAAACAAGUAUAACUUAUUUUAUAUCUAUGUUCAGACUAUAUAGAGAAUAUUCUACGUAUCUAUGAUGUGCUUACUACUGCAGUGCAUUUGUCAUUAGUAUUCAUGUUAAUACAGCACAUUUAUCCUUUGGUA